AUGAGUUUUUAUAAAAAAAUUAGCAGUGAAAGUUACUUUAACUUAUUUGGUAAUUUAGAGAUUACGUCUAUGCCAUCAACUCCAAUUAUAAAUGAUGAUGAUAAAACAUCAUCUGAUAUAAUCAUCGAAAAUAAACUAGUGAAGAAUAUAGAUAAUGAAAUAGAUUCCAAACAAUCUUUUAAACAAAAUGAAUUUUUCUCUUUUUUUAAUUUAAACGAUAAUAUUGAAUGUAUGGAUAAUUAUGUUAAUAUAUGUAUUAAAACUGAAGAUUCUGAUGACGAAAAUGAUAUUACAGAAAUUAUAAUCGAGGAAAUUGACAAAGUAUUUCAUUCAACUUGUACAAUCAUGACUAUAGAUUCAAAAGCUAAAAAUAUUACUAAAUGUCAAAACUCAAGUAUUCAAAAAUUAUGGCAGUUGAUUGGAAUUUAG